CCACAGGAAUGUCUUUGAGUACGAAAGAAAAUAACAAAAAAACAGCACAAGCAAAUGGGAGGGGAAGGGAACGCUAAGCUGAAGUGCUCAAGUGUGUUCUGCCUGAGAAAGUUUCCCCCUUCAAGCACCAAAAAGACCCAGCUGGCACACACACGCGCGCGCGUGUGUGUGUGUGUGUGUGUGUGUGUGUGUGUGUAAUACAAAUGCCCGCGCAGAUUUGUUUAUGCUUCGUGCCCACUGUAACGAAGCUAACCCUUCUGCCGGAGCUGCGGGCUGCUGGUGGGCUUGCUAAGAAAAUUCUUCCACGCGCGUCGAGUGUGUGUCUGUGGCCAUGGAAGGAGCACCACGUAAUUCCAAACAAACGGGCCGCGGCUUUCCUAGCUUUUUUUUUCUUGGUGACGGUGGCUGGGAGAUGUGUUGAUUGAUGCGAAGCGCGUUACAGCAAUACAUAUCAAUACAAAUCGAAGCGAAUACACGAGCCAUGUUGAAGGGUUAAAUAUGAUUGUGAAGGGUCUUUACGAGGGCAUCAUACUGAUGGAAAUGGAGCGUUUUUGUCGCUGAUGGGGACGCCUAGCUAAUGGAGACGCCCGGUUGGUGGAGCCGCCUGGUGGAUGGAGACGCCCGGUUGGUGGAGCCGCCUGGUGGAUGGAGACGCCUGGAGGAUGGAGACGUAUUCAGUAGGUAGCAAGAGGGUGACUAGUGGCAAUUUAUAAUGCCACAUCUCGGUCGAUACAUCUAGUAUGGGGUGGAAGUGCACACCGGAUAGUGGUACAAUAUUGAAGCCUGAUGAAUGAACUGCACCAUGCAUCAUAAUCUGCCUGCAUCGUGUGCACUCGAGAGAUGCUGUUCUAAAACUCCCCUGCCUUGCACCAAUUGUUCUUCCACCGGCCGCCCUGAGGGGGGUUGUGGGGUUCAUUUCAUCGGGUCACACUCGGGAUGCUCGAUCGGGUGAACUUCGGGCCGUGCACGUUGUCCGAAAAACCAAAAUGAACCAGUUUGGUCCGACUCGUCGUACGGCAAGCGCAAUAGUGGUGAGCAAGGGGGACGAAUUUGGAGGGAAGGGAUUUGGUCUCACGUGGUACCAUUGCGGUUUUUCAUUCGGAUGCGUCGCUUCGGGUCGUCCAGAACUCACCACCAUUCUUCCUUUCUAUCUAUCCCCUCCGCCUUCCCUUCAUGUCUGCGUCCCUGCUACCACUUCUUCCACACAUCAACCACACAACGGUACUGACCUUUUCCUGUCAUCAAUGGUAACAAUAGGGAAUCAAAUAAGCACGCAGGCAUUUGCCAUAUAGAAAAAACUAACACACACACAUAAGUAGGAAUGACACAUUUCAUCAUGCUAUGCUAAAUGCUAGUUAUCAUUACUAUAAUCUCGAUGAUGCGUUACAACUAAGUAAAAACUGCUACCAAACCAUUGCUAUAUCAGUGUCUCUAUUUGGUAUGACUCUCCCCCACAUUUGGCUGUAAAAAUUAGGAUUGCUGCAUUACAUAAUACCGAUCGCUAGCGGCGUAGGCACGCACACAUAUUCCCACUUUCGGGAAGCAUCAGCAGCAGCAGCAGCAGCAGCAGCAAUGUCAGAAACCCCUUUCCUAUAUCUUCGUCCUUCUCGGUCGGCUGCUCGAAUGCUUUCCCGCGUGUGACACGUCAUCGUUUUGCGCCAUUUUGCAACGCACUCAACCACGGAUGGGAUGAGGAGCAGUAAGGAGAAAAGUGGCAUCGACUGUACCUUUAUACGGCCGCGUGGAUCGCGGCUGGCGCUGUUCAUUCAAACUCCAGCAAUUGAAUCCCCCAAAGGCGAAGCAAUGACGUCGGCGUUACUGAUUGUAGCGUUACGUCGGUAACGCGUGUCCCGUUGCGCAAUCGCCGUCGCACCGAGUCCGAGCGGUGUUCACUCUGACGCGCUUUUUCCGUGCACUUCGGCUCGCUUCGGUCCAGCGUGUGUGUGUGUGUGUGUGUGUGUUUGGGAUGCUUUGUUUCCGCGUCGUGCCGUUUCACUCGCCCGAUGCCGCCAUGCCGUGCCAUGCUGUGCGCGGGUUUGUGUUCCUUUGCACUCCCGCUUCGGUUCGGUGACCGACAUUACGAAGAAGGUUUGUACACUACCGACUCCUAUUCCCCCUUCCUCCCAUCCUACCCCUUUAUAUCGCGUCGGACAGGCUUCGAAUGCAUAAACCGAGCUCGGGGUUUGGUACGGUGUGAAUCCGUUGCCUGCCUUCAGUUUAACGUAGCGGCUCGAUCCUACCGAACGGGUUUUUUAUCUUGCUGCCUGGUCCGGUGGAAGCCGUCGACUGCCCCGGAGAAACGAUCGCGUGUGUGUCGCGUGUGCUGCAAGUGAAAGCAGUACUAACCCUUUCUUUCGCUACUUUAACAUAAGGAAACCAAACAUCAAACAAAAACAAAAAAGAACAUAAUAAAACCUUACAGUCAAGUGGACAAAAAACAAAACCAAAACAAAAAUACACACGCACACACAGGCACAUCAGGCAUCAGGGUUCUGCAGCGCAGCGAUUAUGAAAACCGCGUAAAGGCAGAACGAGCCGGCCUCGGCGGAACGGCUUACCACCCUCACCAGCACCGGGCCCGCCAACAGCGAACAGGCGCGCGCCCGCCCCGCCCCUAGCGCCCGCGUUCGCUAGCACACCGAACCACCAGCACCACCAGCGCCACGACCGGUAGCGCGACCGGUCCACGACCAUGGAUGUGAUGCAGGCAGUGACGGUGCCGGUGCUGUUGCUGCUCGCAAUCUCACCGUUCGCGGCGACAGUCACCACAGCGUGCGCACCGGAGCGUUCGUACCGCACUACCAUCUUUACCCCUGCACAGCCUGCCACGAUCGGGCUGGCAAUAUCACCACCGCUACCAUCACCUACCGGCCAUGCGCUCGGCUCGCUCGUGACGGUCGUUACGGCGUCGAUCGGUGCGCUCGUCGCUCUGCUGUACUGUGCCCGUGGCCCAAGCGGUCUGCAGACGCGGCUGUCCUCGAUCAUCGGUGCCGUGUCGGGACUGGCGCCGGUCGCCGCCAGUCGGUGCAGCAGUAGCGCCGUCGGCUGUGCUGGCACCCACACGGCCACUGCUGUAGUACUGCUGUCGGUGCGGCAGCUACUACCACUCAUACUAGGAAUUGCCGCCAUGUUGCCUGUGAUUGACGCCGGAUACCACGAGAAACGGUUGCUGCACCAUCUGCUGGACAACUACAACGUGCUCGAGCGGCCCGUCGUCAACGAGUCGGACCCGCUGCAGCUCAGCUUCGGGCUGACUUUGAUGCAAAUUAUUGACGUGGACGAAAAAAAUCAGCUCCUAAUCACAAACAUUUGGUUGAAAUUGGAGUGGAACGACAUGAACGUCAGAUGGAACUCGUCCGAGUAUGGCGGGGUGCGCGAUUUGCGGAUACCACCACAUCGUCUCUGGAAACCGGACGUCCUAAUGUACAACAGUGCCGACGAAGGGUUCGACGGAACGUACCCGACCAACGUGGUCGUGCGCAACAACGGGUCCUGUCUCUACGUACCGCCAGGAAUUUUCAAAUCCACCUGCAAGAUUGACAUCACCUGGUUCCCGUUCGAUGAUCAGCGCUGCGAAAUGAAGUUCGGCUCGUGGACGUACGACGGCUUCCAGCUCGAUCUCCAGCUGCAGGACGAGUCUGGGGGAGACAUUAGCAGCUUCAUCACCAAUGGGGAAUGGGAGCUGCUAGGCGUGCCUGGGAAGCGGAACGAGAUAUACUACAACUGCUGUCCGGAACCGUACAUCGACAUUACUUUCGCGAUACUUAUCCGCCGCAAAACGCUCUACUACUUCUUCAACCUGAUCGUGCCGUGCGUGCUGAUCGCGUCGAUGGCGCUGCUCGGUUUCACGCUGCCGCCUGACUCCGGGGAAAAGCUUUCGCUCGGUGUCACGAUUCUGCUAUCACUCACAGUCUUCCUAAACAUGGUCGCCGAGACGAUGCCGGCUACAUCAGACGCAGUGCCUCUUCUAGGAACCUACUUCAAUUGCAUCAUGUUCAUGGUAGCCUCGUCGGUUGUGUCAACGAUCUUGAUCCUGAACUAUCACCACCGUAACUCCGACACGCACGAAAUGUCCGAAUGGAUUCGCGUAGUGUUCCUGAUCUGGUUACCGUUCAUCCUGCGAAUGAGCCGACCGGGCGAACCAUACCCGCACCCGUGCCGUCCGACAGUGGACGAAAAGAAUAAGCAGCUGCAGGAGGUGGAGAUGCGUGAACGGUCCUCCAAGUCACUGCUGGCCAACGUACUGGACAUCGACGACGACUUCCGAUGCAACCACCGGUGCAACACGCUUCCACAUAACCCCACCUACUACCGGACCGUGUACCGCCAGGGUGAGGAUGGCAGUGUCGGGCCGAUCGGGGCUACCGAUACGAUCGGGCGCUCGGCCGGCCUCGGCACGAUCAGUGCCGGCGGGGGCCGCCUGCACGAAACUGUUUCCUCGCACACCUGUCUCAGCUCGUCCGCAGAGUACGAGCUCGCACUUAUACUGAAGGAGCUUCGCUACAUUACCGAUCAGCUCCGCAAGGAGGACGAGACUGGCGAGGUCACGCGCGAAUGGAAGUUCGCCGCCAUGGUAGUCGAUCGUCUGUGCCUUAUCAUAUUCACCCUGUUCACGAUCAUCGCCACACUGGCUGUUCUGUUCUCUGCGCCGCACUUUAUCGUUUCAUAACAACCAUCAGCACGGCGGCACACCGGCACACACGGUCACGGUCAGGAUCGUACCACAACCACAACCACCACCAUCAAUACCCUUUCUUCCGGCUCUACUCUCACCACCACCACCAUCACCGGCACACGCGAACAGCACGACGGGACGGCACAGGACGACGGUUGCAAUGGUUUCGCGUACGAGCUGCAGAGCUGCUUACUGCCCCCGCUCCUGCUGCUGCUCGUGGUGGCCGGUGGCGUGCUGGUCGCCUGGCUCGCCCACAAUCGGCACACGCUCGCAUACGGUCUCGCCCAGCUGGUAGCGGUCGCUGACUACCGUCUGCGGCGGUAUGUGUACAUUUUCGUGAAGAAUUUUAAGCUAAUCAGUGACGCAUAGAACGCACAAACGGCCUGAGAAACAAGAUUGUGACCGGGUCAAACAGGUCCGGGAAUACUGAUUGACAGAGAGGGGAGAGGGAAAGAGCAGGAGGGUUGGGGAAUGGAAUGGAAUGGAAAGGAUUAUCAGGGCGGCCUCGCAGUCUUAUGAAGAGACGAGACUCACCGGAGCGCAACCACCACUCUGCACUAGGACGAAUGUAUGUAUAUGCGCAGAGUUCUUUUUAUAUCAAAAAACCUAUCGCUAUCAAACAGGAAAGCAACAAAAAAAGCAUAAUAACGUACACAUAUAGACACAGUAAGCAGUUAAGAAGAAAAAACUGAUCCUCCAGGCAGCAAUACGACGACCGGGACAGAGAAAUGCUUAAGCGACAGCACACAACGCGCACACAAUCUCACACCGACACGGAGGGAUUUUGUUCUGAUACCAAGAUCCUAGGCAACAGAGAAAUAAUACGAGAAAGCAAGACAGAAGCAAUGAAAAGCACAGCUGUGAAUACACCAUGCCUCCCAUGGCCACAGUGAAACCGCAGGACAAAAAACUGACCGGUACGAAGAAAUAAAGAGUACCAGAGUACCUUAAAGAGUACCAGAACUACCGUCAUAAAAAUCUUCUCGUGCUACUAAUACUACUGUUCAUACACAAUACUACUACUACUACUACUACUACCACUACUACUAUUACUACUACUACUACUACUACUACUAUUACUACUACUACUACGUCAACUACUUAUAAUACUAUGAAAUGAGUGAAAUGAAGGGUAACAGGCGUAAGAGCAAACCACGAGCAAACUACUAAAUGCUUCUACUAGUGUUGUGUCGUGAGCGAAAGAGCUACCUCGAUCACUCCGCGCACCUAAAAGAGCGCGCACAGUACGUACUCUGUGCGAAAAAUCUGGUAGCUCCAUACUGAGCGGUGUGUGGGGUGAGCGGUGUGCCAAAUCUGCCCGAUUCAGCGGCAGUGAGCAGUGUUUUUACUCGAACGAGUAGACGAUGGUUUGUGCACAGUAGUGUGCGAUAAAUCGUACAAACGAAUCACAUACAUCCUUCUCUCUACGCUCUCUGCGGAGCCAGGACGCGCUCACCGCUCAGUUUGAUGAGCGCGAGCGCUUCGCUCCGCUCACUCAUAAGAGCUACUUGACCCAACACUAGCUGCUACUAAUUGCCAAACUACUAUGAUUAACAUGAUUCUACCGAUAAUGGCGCAACCCAUGUGCAGGCUGUGCUUAAUUGAUCCUAGGAGAAGACCGCAUUCACAGAGACAGAGAGAAAUAGAGAGAAAGUGAGAGAAUGUGAAAGAGAGAUACAUAAAAUACUAGAAAAGGAACGCUAAAAACGAAUGGAAGCUAAUCGAAGUCCAGGAUAGUGUCGCUAGUGAUUCGUACGUAAUCAAAACGAAAGUCAGCAAAAACACCAUAAAAUCAGCAUUUCCAGUAUAUGCCAAUAGUAGCCGCGUAGGGCCUGAGUUUUCAGUUGCACCCACUCAUAGAUACUCCAACCAGACAAUUUCGGCAGCUUGCGUGGGGCUUCUUCUAGUUCUUCUACGUGUACUAGUUGGUUCAUCCUAGUUUCAAAUGGUCGCUUUGCGCGCAGAAAAUAUAGGUUAGCUUUAGCAAACGGUUAUUUUAACGCACGCGCACGCGAUGCAACGGUAAAGUGAUGCUAGUUGAAGUACAGGGUGCAAGGUUUGUGACAGUAGUGAGAGGCCUUAGUUUGUUUUUCCACCUUGUGUGUUAAGAAAAGUAUCUUACUUGUUUUUACCGUUCCUGUUAAACGUUCUUGUACAACUUGUUCAAGUCAACAUUACAAUCACAUCCCACUUAUCUAAACAAUUUACUAUAGUACCAUCAUCCCCUUGAUUGUUUGACACGGGAUGCUGUUUAGCUCCGUGCAUGAGUUAGCAAUCAUGCUGGGUAUCUUAGAGAAGCUCAAACAGAAACCGCCGUUUUGUUUGUUGGUUGCGAUCCGAAUAUAUAAAGUGAUACAGAACAAAAGACCUCCAAAAUAUCCAAUAUUCCAAACAUGCAGCCUGGCUUACUGUGAUCCUGGUGAAAAUUAGUUCAUGAAAGCUGUUGAUAAAAAGAAUAAGCCAGAUUAAGACAGGAACUCGCAUCUUGAACUCAACGCAAUGAUAGUACUGUUCUGUUGUUGUUCUUUGUAGGAUGUGGCGCCAAUAGAUUGUGGAUCUUCAUCUAGCUACUGAAGUGCUGAAGUGCUAGAGUGCUUGAGAAACGUCAGAAGUGAAUGAUAGCUCACUUGGUAAACGGGUACGGGUGAGUGAUAAAAGACAAAGUAUUUGACUUGCUAAAGUAGCAAGGAAUCAAAAGGCAGGCAAAGCGAGACAAAUCAUAUUCCAAGUGGCAAAUCAUGAUUGGUUAACUGAAUUAGGCCACUAGAGCCUAGAUCAGUAGAAUUGUAGAUGAAAGCCUACGAUGGCUUCCCAGACGUAUUUGGCGUAACGCAUUUCACAAACGAACACUGGCGUAAAAGUAUGCGCGUGGGAAGGUGAGGCUCACCCUGUCGAGGCACCUUACUUCCGCAACACUACUACACAAAAACAAAUGUUCGACCGUUUUACAGUGCCUAGAAACUACGCAAUGCUUUCACAGCGAUUCGAGUUAUAACUUCUGCCAGCAACUAUCUCGUGUGCAGCUCGAUUCGUUUUGCGUUAUGGUUGCGUUAAGGCGUAAGGGUUGGUUGGUGGUUUUUCUCUCAUUUUUUUUCUUUACAUUGGCUGGAUUUUUUAGGCGUUAGGCGUUAGAGAAAAUUAAAGUUGUAGCAAAAUAAAAAAAAAAAAGCUAGUCAAGUAAUGUGAGACAUUUUUGGUCUACCAUCAACGUAGCAACGUUUAACGGUGAUGUGGUGUGUGUAUGUGUGUGUGAGUGUGAUAUAGAUGUGAAGAUGACUACCAGAAAAGAAAACACACCCACACACACAAACACAAGCUCGUAGCUCAAUUUCGAUACUGGUAGCGUUACACGGAACGUUACGUCAAAAGCCCCGCGUUUGCACGUUUUAUGUAGUUGUUAGUAAACUAAUUUUGUUAAUAUGUCGCUCAAGAGCAUAAUAUAGUAGACACAAUUGGAAGCUCCUUUUCACGCCUGUUGUGUGUGUUUGUGUGUGAUAAGGGAUUGUCAAACAAAAGUGAAAAGAAAAGUUAUUGAAAAUGGGGAGAAAAGCUAAUAAGUAAAAGUCAGACAAGGAAUGGCAAAAUGAUGACUUGAACAACAGCUGGCGUAUCGUAAAAAAUCAGGAUGGUGCGAGACAUACAUCAAGUGCGAUAGUAGGCGGAUUUAAAAAAUAUGAAAGAAAGAUAAAUGCUGUGAUAUCCACUAAUGACAAAAACAAAAGCUAACAAAACAAAACAAAAUCGAAGAAGGGAUUCAUUGACAGAAGGACAUUCAGAUACAUUCACAAAAACUACAUUUGAACACGUUUCAUACUAAAAUGGCUAUUUCGUAUGAAUCACAACAAAACAAAUGCGAAUCAAACAGUUCUCGACAAUGAAAGAAUAAAAUGUUAAAUCCUUAUCGAACAAAAACAAAAAUAACAAUAAAAAUAAAUCGCAGGCCCUCCCUCUUUCCAUUAAAUAUAAAACAAUAUGUGAAUAACAGAGAUACAAUUAUGAGCCACAAUUAAAAUCGAAUACCGAUAAACAAAUAAAAUGAAAUUGAUCUUGUUCCCAUUUCAAGGCAAACCGUUAGCAUCUACCCAUCUUCGGCAAACCAACGCAAGCAGAUGAAGGCAAGGGCGCAAACACAAAAUAAAAAUUGUUUUCUAACAUUAUUAACACCUCAGAGGCAAACAACACAAACAUGAAAAUUCCGCUUCUCGCUGUCCCUGUCAAAAAUCGGGAAAGAAAGUUUGACAAGACAACUCAAUCUUCAACAUUGAAUGUGGCUAAAAGGCUUUAAAUUGUAACCUCCUGCUAAAAUCAGUCACAGUGACAAUGACGCACAAAGUGGCGCAAAUGGUUAAAAAACACUAAACAAAACGACACUCUUUGACCCCUGAUCUUGCGCACAACGUUCGAAUGAUAGAAUGGAAGGGGAACAUGCAAAUGUUACAACUAACGCCCCCAAAACAAUCUAUAACCUGCAAGUAAACAUAUUUAUACAACAUAUAAACGUUACAGCGUAUGUUAAAACAUAAUGGAACAUGAACCCAUAUUAAACACAAACUAAGGGAAGAAAAUAAGAAACUACCAAACAAAAAUACUCAGCCAGCAAAAUCAAACACCGGAGAAACGGAGAGUAAUGCAAUCAAACGAACAAAGACAAAGCAAAAACUAAAGUAAACAAACAAAAGUGUUUAAACAUGGUACUAAAAUUUGAAACCCAAUUUGUAAUACGAAUAUUUAGCGGUCAAUACUGAAACCUUCCCGUACUUUUAGCACAUUAGCACAACCGAACCCUUCGCCCUCUCCGGUUGCUUCCUCCGAUUAACAUCCUGAAAUACGUCACAUCUUCGUUCGCGGAACAUUUCGAAGGACAAAAUAAAAACAGCACACACAUGCAAACACACAUUGACUUAAAGAAAACUAAAAAUCCAGGCGGAAACUGUUGUUACAUUUUUAUACAUUAAACAAAUAAAAUAAACCAAAUCGAAAAUGAAUAAUACAAACUAGAAACUCUCCUCAAAGAGGUUCCGUUGUUUCAGAGAGUGUGUGUGUGUGUGUGUGUGUGUGUGUGUGUGUGUGUGUGUGUGUGUGUGUGUGUGUGUGUGUGUGUGUGUGUGUGUGUGUGUGUGUGUGUGUGUGUGUGUGUGUGUGUGUGUGUGUGUGUGUGUGUGUGUGUGUGUGUGUAUGUGUGUGUGCAUGCUUGUGUAUACGGUUGAGUGAGUGCAUUGAGUGAGCCCGCCGUGUAGAGAAACCAGAGGAAGAACAAGCAAAAAGUCAUGAUCCGGCAAAGUACCAGAGCCCGGACUCUUAAUAGUACACUCUGUAAGCAACAAAAUGAGUAAAAAUAAAAACAAUGAACAAGUAAGUGUGCGUGUCUGAGAGAGAAAGAGAAAGUGAAAGAGAGAGAAAGAUAGUGUGUGUGUUUGAGAGAAAGAGAACUGUUAAAUCAAAACUUUAGUAAGUAAGUGCAUAAAGUGGUACUAUUAUUCUACAGCAAGACCGUGCAGAACCGGAAAUAAACAUUAAGCUAAUGCUCACUACCAACACAUUAAAAGAAUGACAAGAAAAGUAGUAAUAUAUUUGUAAUCACCAGACCGCAUGAUGUGACGCACGAAAAGCAGAUCGGUUAGGGGAAGGGGUAAAGUAACAAUGAUAGUAAUAAACGAUAUUUAAAAGCAAACGGCAUAAGUAAUGCAACCCUGUCCCUGUCCAUAAAGAAAACGAUCAGGUGAAACUUUCAAACAGGACUAAAGAAACCUGAUCGUUACCGGAGAGGAAAAGAAAAUGGGGAGGUAAAAAUGUGAGAUUAAAAAAAGGGUACGAUAAUGUAGUUAAACCACUUACCCGCGGUGCAAGCGAUAUAUUUUGCAUUAGGAACAGGCGCGAAUGACAGCAAUCGUUAUCCGUUAGUAGCACACACACCUGUCAAACCGACUUUCGAAUAGUAAUGUUUGGGGUAAUAAACCACUUACAUAUAUUAUACACUACGUUCUCUGCCUGACCGGUAGCUCACAUGCGAAGGUGCGCAAUAAAGAGAAACAGCGAAGGAUAGAGAGAGAGAGAAUGACUCUCUAGACGUCUCAAAAUGAGGUAAAUAAAAAUUAAAUAAACUACGAUUGUGACGAGUAGUGAUAGAUGAGUACAAUACUAAGAAGAAUGAUGCCAGUAGGGGACGGCAGAUGACGUGCACCGGGCAAUGCGAGCGAAACAGAGUGUAAACACAAUCAUGGCGUAACUGAAAAGACUCCACUCUCUCACCUUUUGUUUUUGUUUUCAAGAUACGAUCUGAAAUUUAACCUAACCAUCCGUACGCGUAAUACGGAGUCACUCACACAGCAGCCGUAGCUAGGGUUUAGGGAUGCUAGUCGCGAUCGUUACCAAACAGGCCGGCAACACAGGCCGGCAACAGAAGUCAUAAUACACUCGGCAUCAUCCACAGUGCCACUUAACACGGAUAACACAGCACACAUUUUAACACAUAUACACACACCCACACACACAAACACGGAACUGUGCCGUUAUGGAGGAGUCACUCAAAAGAAGCUAAAACCUAAUAUCUCUUCCUUAAAUGCCAUCAAACCGAACCCCAUUUAACACGUCUCCCUAGUACCAGCACUGCUAAAUGCAUGCGCACUUUUCUUAUUAUGCAUGAUACUAAAUCAUACUAAGCAGGCACUACUGCUACGGGCGAGAAUUGGGUGCGCUAUCGAUUGAAUAAUAACCGGUCUUCCAGUGAUAAAGAAAGCAAAAUAAGGAAAACACUAACACACAGAAAGCGAUAUCAAACUAUCAAAGCAAAAUAAUUAAACACUCAACACACAUACACACACACAAACAUGCAUUCAAAUAUUCAGGCUUGCUGAGAUACAGCUGGAUAAAUCCCCGAAGUGUCAAAUGAAUAAUGGGAAACGAUAUAAAAAAAGCCAUUGCCAACAUAAAACAUUGCCAAGGUUCCCUCAAAGGGUAAGGAUUAACAAAAAAAAACAAUAAAAACGAAGCGCCAAAGUAGAGCGCCAAACUAAAACGGCGGAAGAAAUGUUUAAAAUCAUAAAUCAUCACUAUAAGACAAGUUACAUAGUUAAUUAUAUAUUAAUCCGGCUUUAAAGUGUUCUUUAAAGGAAGUGCGUCGCCGAACUUCCUCUCCCAAACUACUGUUUUCGGGCACUACUAUUUCCCUAGCGCGCGUGCGCCGUACUUCCUUUUGUGCCCAAUUUUCCCCCAGAAAAUAACCGCAAAGUGUAAGGUUUCGUGCAAGGAUUCGUAUCCUUCGUUCCGAUUCAAACGAAGUAUAACUGCAAAAACUGUUCAUGUUCGUUUCCUUCUACUACGCAUACAAACAAACCAAAAACUACACCUACACGGUUUUUUGCCACAAUCAAACCUAUUUCGCACAUGUACACAUACCCUAAGGACAACGCCACACACGCACACACAUGUACACAACUUUUCAUACUACGGACACGGCUCUUUUAAUUGAUAAAGAAAUAUAUUUAAAGAAAAAAACAAAUAUACAUAUAUAAAUAAAGAAACGAUCAAAAAGUAAAGCAUAAAUGUCUAAAUCACAUAAAUUAAACACACAGUUAAACGUGUUCGAAUACUUCCGGUUAUCCGGAGUUCUAUGGUGAAGUGUGCUACUAGGUGUAAGGUGAAUCGAGAGGAAGAGUAAGAGUAGAGAGAGAGAGAGAGAGAGAGAGAGAGAGAGAGAGGGA